AUGGGAUGCCUUCGAUUGUGCGCCGUGCUUGUUGCACUGCUAGCAGUGCUUGGCCCCAUAUGCUUGAGCGCAGCGGCUGACGGCAAGUUCUGGGACCUUCUUGCGACAUGGGAUACGACUGAUAUUCCAGAUUUGUCAGGAAAGGUGGCCAUCGUAACUGGACCUACUGUUAACGGCAUCGGCUUUGAGUCUGCGGUCGAGAUGGCUAGGAAGGGGGCACAGGUCAUUCUUGCUGGCCGAAGCGACAGCAAGGGCCAAGAGGCCCUGAGCCAGCUGCUUCAGAGGGUGCCUGACGCCAAGGCCGAGUUCAUGAAGCUCGACUUGGGCAGCCUCAAGCAAGUAAAGGAGUUUGCGCUGAACUUCAAGGCCAAGCACUUGCCCUUGCAUAUUCUGAUGAACAGCGCCGGGAUAAUGGCCAAUCCGUUUACCUUGACGGUGGACAAGCUGGAGAGCCAGUUCGCCACAAAUCACUUGGGACAUUUCUUGCUGACCAAACUACUACUGCCAGAGCUGGAGGCAUCAGCACCAUCUCGAAUCGUGACUGUCUCAUCUGCCGCGGCCUUCUUUCCAGAAAUGAUGGCCAAGUUGGAAAUGUUCGGCUUGAUCAAUGCAGCUCCUGCGGCCGACUUUGACAAGCUGGGUCAGGACUACGAAGCUGACUACCACCCGUUCAAGGCAUAUGGUCGAUCAAAGCUUGCAAAUGUUCUCUUUACCCGGGCUUUGGACAGACGACUGUCCGGCAAGAAGAUAUUUGCAAACGUCUGCCAUCCUGGCGGCAUCAUGACAAACCUCCCGAAGCAUGUUCAACAAACCACCGAGGAGAGCAUGGGCAGUCGUUGGAGAUACCUUCUUGAUGAACUGAUGCAGCUGGUAAUGCUAGCACCGCCCCGGGGCGCCAUAACUCAGCUCUACCUGGCGACCGCACCAGACAUUGAAGAGAAAGGUGUCCGCGGGCAGCGGGAAGCCCAGGCAAGACAUGCCAGCCCUCCGAAAUUUUCCACGGAGCAGCUGGAGGAGAAACUGUGGUCAAUUUCUGAGAAGUUGGUAGCUCAACAUUUCAUCUUUGCGCAAUCUGAACCGCGGCUCUUCCUCAGCUUGUGCGACCAGGACGCAGCGGCGGCAACCCGCCUUCUCGGCAACACCUCGGGCGUCGUCGGUUUGUUAAGCCUUGUCGUGAAUCAAGCUGGCGGCAAGCUUUCGGAUCGCAUAGGGCGCAAACCUGGCUUCCUAGUUGGCCCACUUAGCAACGUGCUGUUGGGAUGGUGCGUCUUCAAGAAUGCCAAGAAUCGAUGGUUGGUAGCUGUCUGUCGAAUCCUUCGAUUGAUUUUGACAACGUUUUCGAAUACGGUGAUGUGCAACGCGGCCUUGGCAGAUGUCUGUUCCAGCAACGAGUUGGCUCUGGCAAUGUCUCGGAUACAAACAGCGACCGGACUGGCAAUGCUUCUGACGCCAUUUAUCGAGGGGAGGAUCCUGAUGUUUUCACCGUCAUCGCCUUCUGCUAUCAGGUACGUCUACGCCGCAAUGGCUACGAUUGCGGCCGUCCACGCGAUGUUCGUGGCUACGCAGCUCGAGGAAACCCUCGAUCCGACCAAGAGAACGACAGCGAAACUCACUCUUUCGGUGAUCAACCCGUUUGGCUUCGUUCGCUUGUUUUCUGAAGGGACCAAGGCGCUCCAGAAGCUGGUGGCCAUCACAACCUUGCAAAUGUUCCUUGAGGGAAAGAAUCUGAGCGACGUCAUCCAGACUUGGAUACGUGACCACCUCAAAUGGUCUGUGACACAAGUGCGAAACUUCAUCGUCGGGUACGGCUUGUUGUGCACGGGCACGGGUGCAUCAGCUACGCCUUGGAUGCUGCGGAAUCUCAGUGCAAGAGGAUUUACGACAGCUACAAACCUUCUGAAUGCAGCUGCGUUUGGCCUGCGUGGACUUGCUCCAAGCUCUUGGCUUUUUCUGACCAUGAUGGUGCCAAUGCUUCCUGGCGUCAACGGUGCCAGUGCCACUGCUCUCAAGGCAGUGGCACAGGAUAUCGCCACCAACCAGGGCUUUGGCAAAGGGGAGUUCUCAGCUUGGGUGAACAACCUGCGGGCGCUUGCAGGAUCUGUUGCGCCAGUGCUGUAUGGGCAGGUCUACGCUGCGGCUGAGAAGCGAG